AUGAAGCAGGGCAGUUGUGUCGGAUUGAGCGUCUAUGAGUGCCGCGUUGCAUGCGUGCAUCUCUGCCACCAAACGCCAGUCAACGCGACGAUCCGCCACCCGACGCUCACUGUAUCGAGCAGAAUCUGCUCUGCCGUUUACGAAGCUGUCUUCAUAGCUUGCGAAGGAGAGCUGUUCGGAAAGCGUCCGAGGCGGCUGGAUUGCAGCCAACUCGGACACGAUUCCUCUGCUCCGCUGGUGCUGUGCUCUCCGCCACUCUCUGCCUCACCAACUUCAACUUCAUUGCUGUCCGACGUGGGGUAUCUUCAUCACCUCAGCUCAGUCGUCAUUGCCACGCGGACACACAAACCCAGCCAUAUCAUCGACCCGCACUACUAUCGCCAUCGCCGCACGCUCCGGCAUUGCACCAUCGCCUUUGCAGCCAAGCUCUUGUGA